CGUCGGUGGUGCGUGCCAAGCUCAGAACCUGCCGGACAAAUCAACACGUCGGACCUCGACUCGCCGCCAUAUGACACUGCACUUUUGUGACUGAGUGUCACGCUGGAGCACCCGAAGAGAGUAUUUACUGAUACUUCCACUGAGCUGUUAAACCCCAGGACAAGCAACAGCAGAUGGUGUGUUGUGCCACGAUGCCGGGGAACUGCAUCAACUCCCGACGUAAAUGUGCAGGGUUUAUGAUGACCUUUGUGGCGACCCUGUUCGUCACCUGGUUUCUAUACAGCAGCAGUAUUGAUAUGGCACCAACUUCCAUGUCAUACGGUACGUCAAAUACCUCAAAAGCGAGAGAAACUGACUGGAGAAGAUCAACUUCAGCAAUCCUCACACAAGCAAAGAACAGAUCACAGUUACAGAAUUCAAGCUACACCCGUGUUGCUGAUCCCCGUUUUUCCGAAAUACGCAUCAAUGGAAAGUACCAGUUCCAAGUCGGGGACGUCAUAAAUGUCUCCAUCAUCCUGAAGGACAGAGAGGGCAGGAUGAUUGUCACAGGAGGAGAUGACAUCAGGAUAUGGAUGAAAUCUACAAAUGGCAGGAACAGAACUUCCGGUCACGUCAUUGAUCACGGAAACGGAAGUUACACAGGAGUUCUACGAGCAUUCUGGGAAGGACAUCCUGUUAUCACGGUAUCCAUUGCCUGGACAAGACAACAUCUUAACAUCAAAGACAGAUUUCUUUCAUCACAUGUUCCGUACAAUUUCUUAUAUGCUUCAUUUGAAAGCGGGUCUCUAAAGGAAGUAACUCGAUGCAAUAUAACAAAGACGUCAGAGAACAUGUGUGAUUUUACUGCACAAAAUGGCGGACAUCCAUGGCUGUGUGAAAGACCUAAGGAAAAACGUCUUCCAUGUUCGUCGCGGAAAAGCCACCACUCGGCUACCGCUGGUGAUUAUCACACACCUGCUGAGAAACAAUUUAUCAAAAGGUUAGUCUGGCAUGAUCUGGCUUUUUAA